CAUACACUCCGACCACCAUGGCACCAACAGAUACAACAGAAGAUAUGUCGCUGACCAUCCUGAGUCUCGCCGAGCCAUUGCUCGCUGCCGACAGUAGCGCCGACCGCCUCACCAAGUCAUCACUCGGUGCAGAACUCGACCACUACAAGGAUCUUUUCUCCAAACUCCGCUUCUCAUAUGUCGAACAAGUCACGAAAGAGCGCUUCCUGAAGGCCAUUGUCGCAGACCCCCCGCACUUGGUCGACGCUGCCGAGAAUGCUCGUUUGGAGCAGCACCUGGCACAAGCAAAGGCUGCUCUCAAGGCCAAGAAGGAGCAUACCAACCAGAAGGUGCAAGAACUGCAAGACCUGGGCACCCGCCUGGCACAAUCACACGAGUUGAUCCACCUGCAAACCACCCAGCUCCAUGCCCUCCCCGCCGACAUUCAGAACCUCGACAUCACCAUCGCGAACCUCAAAGCUGCGCAGGAAACGCCAUCUUCCCACCCCAUGCUCAACCUACCUCUCCGGCCCACAAACUCUCUCCUGGCCGAAAAGCUUUCCGACCUCGCCCGUCUCGAUCGCGAAAUUGCCGAGCUGCAAUCCACUCUGCCCGACAAGAAACGUCGUGUCGCAUCUCUACAAGCCGACUUGGAGCCCAUCGAAUCUCGCAAACGUUCUGCCAUCACCCAAGCCAAAGACGCUCAGAAGAAGAGAGGCCAACACGUUCUCGCACAAGAUCUUGAUGAAAGAGGGAAAUGGCUCAAGUCUGUCGACACCGGACUUCGUCUGAUGCUUCAGGUCUGA